CUCUCUCGUCUCCCUCCCUUUCGGACUUGGUUUCGUUGGUAAAUUCAUCGGAACGGUUCUUUUUUUGGCUCUCGCUGCUCAGCUUGGAUGAAAACGUGAGAGCGUCGUCGGUAACCCCAUUGUUUCGAAUUCACAGUCAGACGAUCUACUCGUUCCAUGUUUGCGAGCGGAGACCAUUCGCGGGACGCCGCGAAACUCUUGGGUGAUUACGGCAGCGUCGAUAGUGACACUAACGCCAACGUUGACGUUGCCAUCGACACCAACGAACGUUCCCCACACCGUCACCAGAAACACCACCAUCCACACCAUGCGUCGCUGUCGUCUUUUGAUGCACCCGAAAUAUAUCGACACGGACACCCACAUCCGCACUACCAUCACAGCGAAACGGAAAGUGCGACGACUAGUUCGGACGAGCCGUUGGACGAAGGGUUCGUUCUAUUCGGCAUCACGUGUCCCUCACUCCGCCGUGUGGCUCUGGAGCUCUCGCUCUACGUUAACUUGAUCAUUACGCUCGCCAAACUCGUUGCCUACGUACAAACCCUCAGUCUUUCCGUCCUCGCCGCCCUCUUGGAUUCAAUCCUCGACGUGGUUUCACAGAUUAUCCUCAACUACACCGAGAAACACUCCAGUUUGCAGCGUUCCUCCGCUUUUUAUCCCGCCGGUGCUUCCAGACUCGAACCCAUCGGUGUCCUCACGUGUGCCGCACUCAUGGGCAUGGCCAGUUUCGAAGUACUCAAGCAAUCCUUUACCGCACUCGUCUACCACGGAUCCCACGACAAUGAUCUGGCACCUACCGUUGGGGCCUUUGUCUCCAUGCUCGUUAUUGUAGUGGUCAAACUUCUCCUGUUGGUACUCUGUCACAGGGCCGCCAACAAGCGCGUCACCUACAAGGGCGGAAACACUGCUAUUGGUACUGCUGCUGCUGCUAUUGGGGACGGGGCCGUCAUCACCACUACUACCAUGGCUAGCAAAGCUGUGGUACAAAUGGCGGAUCCCACUCUCGAAGCCUUGUCUUUGGAUCACUGGAACGACGCCUUGUCCAACUUGGUGGCCGCCGUCGCGCUCUUGUUCACUCUCCGGUCCCCAAAAUUCUGGUUUCUCGAUCCUCUCGGUGCCAUUCUCAUUUCCAUCUACAUCAUCUACAGCUGGUACAGUACCGGUUUCGAGCAAAUCCAGCACUUGACCGGCAAGGCCGCACCGGAAGACUUUAUCGACGAAAUCAUGGAAAUUGCCAAGACCUUUGACGAGCGCAUGGAAGUCGAUUCGCUCAAGGCCUACCACUUUGGUCCCAAGUUUCUGGUGGAACUGGAAAUGGUCAUGCCCAAAAACACGCUGCUGUUCGAGUCGCACGAUUUGGGCAUGGAACUGCAGUACGAAAUCGAAGGACUGCCCGAAGUGGAACGUUGUUUCGUACACGUGGACUACGAAACCCGACCGUACGACGAACACGUCGUCAGCAAAGUCCCGGAACUCCGGGAAAAGUACCGACCCGGCUCCAACGUGCGCCUACGAUCCACCCAACCGGCGCGGGACGGUGUCACGAAAAAUGGAGCCGCUGACUACCGUGCGACUAAACCCCGAUUCCGUGUCGGUAGAAUGGGAGCUCGAUCUCUACCAUUGCUUGUACUAUUCCACUACUACUACUACUACUACUACUACUACUACUACCACCACCUACAAUUUACACUACUACUAUUGUCACCUACUCUUUCCGUUGGGACUGCUGCUAGAAACGCCGACUUGAUUGUGCGUAGUGGUAUUGACGCAACCGUCGGUUUGGCGUGCCGCGCUCGACUACGUCGAGAGGAACGCGCUACCAUGCUCGCUGCGACCCAUUGGGAACGAGGGACCGGCGCGUGUCGUGUGGAUACGCGGCGACUCUCUCUCUGGCGGGGGCUGGGCUCUAAGAGGGUUAGGUGCUCCUGCACACGUCGACCCUUUCAUUCCGUUCGCAAAUCCGGCACGCGGGCUACCGAGACGGACUUCUAUCGAAACUUAACGCUUCUUUGCAAAAUUCGAACCUACUCUUUAAUUGGCGCGCCUCUCUUCCCGCGCAGGAAUGUCCCCAAGCCGGUCCGCGCCAACCUCGCUGGGAGCGCUCACAAAAAGGGCGCCAAUCGGGACGGCUGGAGAAGUACCGCGCGUUCGCUCCGGCAUCGUGGCAUCGGGGGAACGGAUUGCGGGGACCCCGACACAUUCCAGAGACUGGGUACCACAGUGUUGGCCUUGGUGAUUGCCGUUGCUGUUGUGGUUCCUGUACCUGUUACACCUCCUGUUGUUACCAUUGGUAUCGCUCGUAGUGUGGUUGGUGUUGUUGUUUGGAUUGCGACUGUCGUCAUUGGAAUCGCGGGUGCGGUUUUGUUGCCGUUGCCAGCUACCGCACGGGGGGUUUUGAUUGCGCUGCUGGUAUUCGCUGCGACGGUUGCCUCGGUUACCUUUGGGAGAAAUCUCGGUGUCGGGUUCCAGCGCGGUGAUUGUGUGCCCAUUGCGAGCCAUCCUUUCCAAGCACCGCAGUACCGAUGCCACGUUCGUCACUGCCGUCCGGGAACCUCGAGUCGAAAGACACACACGAUUCGGACGUCCCCCGGUCUGCCUCGAAGCGUCCGGCCGAACGUCCGCAGUCCUGGCACGGACACACCUCGCGGUCCGUACAGGACCUCUUUGCGCCGCCCCGCACAACACCUCCCCAUUCAGAGUAUUUGGUUCCGUGUGUCGAGAGAUGGUGCACGGUACGGCCCAGGAAAUCGAUUGCCAGGAACGAUGCGUGUCCUAUCGUCCAAUGUUCCAUUUGUUUGGUACCCUACCAACCAUUGUUCUUCCUUAGAGCCUGCCGUUGGUUCGUUCCAGUACUGCACCGUGUCUUGUCGUCUCGACCGCAUCUCGGCCUGGCCUGGGCUUGCCAAAAUACUCUCUACGCUGGACUCACCAAACACUUUUGCUUUUUUCCAUUCCUUGGGAACCUUUUUUUCCUUGUCUGUCGCACACCACUCGAAAUUCCCAUUCCUUCCACCGCUCGCUCCGUCUCUCGCAACCAACCACAUUCUCCUUUUUUGUACGAUUGUUCCCACAUACACACACACACCUCCCUCCAACACUUAUGUUUCCGUACGGAUCCGGGACCUUUUUCCUAUCAACGGCUCGGACCGUGAUUCAACGGGCAACGGCUAUCGCUAUGUAUCCGUGUGCAAUCACGACUCGCCCACCCCACCUUUACCAUCAACGACCUCAUUGUUUCGACAGCGGCCCCGACCCGCAUCGAGCACCAUGGAAGCAUCCCGGCAAUCCGGAAAAGACCCGUUCGCCGGAGCCAAUCUCGAAGCCACCUUUGAAGUAGACGAAGAAACAGACUACGGCUUUCCACACCACGUGGGAUCCUUUACGGACGACGAGUUUCCGCCCCGGAGCGAUAUGAAGAAGCGCAAACGCCGCUCCCCGAUGUCGUCGCCACCCUACGUCCCCUACGCAUCAAUGCCGCUCCAACCCUUUUACCCCCCGUACAAUUCCACUUUGGGACCGCCGCAACCUCCGGGAUACUUCCCCGGGAACGUCGCCUCGGCCGCGGGCAACACUUACUACGGCAAUACUACCGAUUACUAUCCACCCUUGCCGUCCAACCCCGGCUACCUGGGACCGCCGGGCCACACGGCCUGGAAUUCGCCCGUACCCAAGGAAUACUCUCCACAUCGCCCGACGGCCCUCGACGAUACCUUGCACGCUGCUGAUCACGAACUGACUCCGGAAAAAGACCAACAAACACGGCCUGUCUUUCGCUCACCAAUGCUUCGGGAUUCCAAAUACAAACGAUCCCCUCUCGGGUCUCCGCUGGAUCAGUACGGUAGUUUCGGUAUGGUGGAUACACCACGGGCGACUCUGGAAGACGCCUUUUCGCCUUUGGGGCCGUCCUUUGAAAACGAUUUGGGACUAAGCAGAGCUGAGCGGUUCAGGGGUUGCCUCGAGUUGAGUCGUUCCGGUUCGUCGGGGGAGUUCGAAACGCACCCGACACCCCAGUCCACCGCUUAUCGUCCUCCCGAGCCAUCGCCCUUUUCCAGGCUCGUCAACGAGUUUUCCCCGUCUCGCGGUCGACGUGGGUUACAGGGGGUCUCGCGAACGCCGGUACGCUCUGCCGUCAGCGACCGCUACGCUCCUUCCCACUCGUCGCGGCCUCUCGCACCGAGCAUGGCCGCUUCCAUGCCCAAAGCCGUGCCGCGAUCGUCUAUUCAAGCGUCGCCAAUGGCUCCCCAGAGCGGAGCAAAACCCCUGAAGCUUUACCAAGGGAGCCCCGCCGAACAACAGCCGUCCACGGUUCGGAUGAAGCUGGACGGUCGCGGCUUGCACUCCACGCAACGCACUUUAAACGACAUUAAUUCCAUGAUGCGUUCCGGCUCGAUGGACCGUGCCGGAGUGACCCCGUACGGCCAGAGUGCGCGGUCCCCGUAUGCGCAUGCCGGAAUGCCGUAUCACCCAUCGUAUGCCAACAUGGUUCCGGAAACCAGCGCCGUCAAAGCGCCGCGAACGGCACAUUCAAUCCGACCGUCGCCGAUGGGAUCCCAUUACGGACCGCCGCCCCCGUCCAGUAGCACGUCACGGCCAUCUCGCUUUCCAUCUUCGAUCGUAAAGACGCCAUUGGCUGUACCUGGCAAGGAAAACCCGAACGGCAUAACUCCCAUGAGUACUCCUCGCAACCGCUGUAACUGUAAAAAGUCGCAGUGCCUCAAGCUGUACUGCGAAUGUUUCUCGGCUGAAGUCAUGUGCGAAGGGUGUAAUUGUACUGACUGUCGCAAUUUACCGGCGUUUGCCGCCGUGCGUGCGAAAGCCAUGACGGAUUGCCUGAACAAGAAUGCGCAUGCGUUCAAGCCGCGCAUCGCCGCCGCUCCGGGUGCAGCCGAUCUACAGGGGCACAGCAUGGGCUGCAAGUGCAAGAAAUCGGAAUGUCUGAAAAAGUAUUGCGAGUGUUUCCAAGCGGGAGUUCUGUGUGGCCUAAAGUGCAAGUGCGAAAGCUGUAAGAAUAUUGCUGGUUCCCAAAAGCUAAUUGACAAGCGGCGUCAAAUGAAAGACACCAGUGGAGCUGAAUUCGCCAUGCGUGUUUCACAAGAGGCUUGGAAGACGGGAUCGCAUACGAAAGGAGGUCUGCCGGGUCAACACGUACCCGCGCCACCCCCUGCCAUGAAUAGAAAUAUCCGACCUGCGGCGGCCUCGCACCAUUCUGGUGGUACGCUGGCACCCCAUCCCCAAAUGCCAAUGGGCUACUCAAUGGGAAUGCACAUGCCACCUUUCGCCGCCAUGUACCCUGGUGCAUACCACGUUCCUCCGCCAAUGCAUCAACGAUUACCAUCACCUCCAACAGUCGCUGUUGCGCCAAGUGCCCCCGAGACUGUGAUCAGGGAGGCAACCAAACCCGAAGCUUCCAUGAUAACGCCUGGCGACACACCGCGUAUCGCAGCGCUUCGAAUUACUUUUGAUAUCGAGCACUCUCGCAAGAAACGGGUCAUGAAUGCUGCUGACGAAGAGACCGUUGCAUAUUUCGGAUCCCUUCCGCGACAGCCAAAAACGACGGCCUUGGCUAUCUUCAGUUACCUGUCAAACACUGAUGUUUACCAAUGUGCACUUGUUUCUAAACUCUGGAAAAAUUUGGCAUUCGACGAAGACCUUUGGCAGUUUCCCAAAUCGAGUGAAAAAGCGGAGCCGACCAGGGACAACGCCCUGACGGCAGUGUAG